CUCCCACCCACCCACCCACCCACCCAUCCCUCUCCUUUCUCUAGGGUUAGGGUUUCCGCCAUGGUCGCGCGUGGGGUUCCCGCAAACUAGGGUUUCGGGAGACGGAGGAGAAGCUCGGCGAUGGCGGAGACCGCGGACUACUCAUUCGCGGUCGAGUACCAUGGCCCCCCCCUCCCCUACGACAUCCCCAAGGCGAUCCCCAUCGAGAUCGAGCGGAUCCCGGUGGCCGCGGUGGCGCCGCCCUCGGCCUCCGACGCGGCGGAGGCCCUCCCCGUCGUGCACCCUCUCACCUCCCCCCUCAGGAAGGCGGCUCCGACCCCUGCGGUGGAGCACGCCGCCGCCGCCGCCGCCGCCGCCGCCGCCUCACCCACCUCCGUCAUCGAGAACCACGCCGUCAUGGACGGGCCCGACGCCGAGGCCGGGAGCUCCGGCUUGCUCGGCUCCUCCUCGUGCCUCGACCGCUCCGCCGAGCUCACCGAAGGGGGCGUGGAGAGCUCCGGCCCGGUGGGUUCGUCCUUGCCUGAUCGGAUCUCGACCGAGUCGGCCCUAAGCUUGGAGUUCGACUUCCGAUCCUCCGCCUCCGAGAACGACGACGACGACGACGACGACGACGAGGGCGUCGCUCCCCACGCGAAGAAGGCCCUGGUGACUUUCCAAAGCUCGGCCCAAUCCAGCGGUUCGGCUUCUCCCGCAGUGGGCUUAGCCCGCCAAAGGAGGGAGGAAUUCGAGCUGAGGGGAAAGAAGGGCGCAUGCUAUCACUGUCUGAAAGGAAGCCGAUUCGCAGAGAAAGAGGCCUGUUUGGUUUGCGAUGCCAAAUACUGCAGCGGGUGUGUUUUGAGGGCGAUGGGUUCGAUGCCGGAAGGGAGGAAAUGCGUCUCUUGCAUCGGCUUCCCUGUAUUGGAGUCGAAGAGGGAAAGGCUGGGGAAGUGCUCUCGGAUGUUGAGGAGGUUGCUGAGUUCACCGGAAAUUGAGUUGGCGAUGAAGGCGGAGAAGAACUGCGAGGCGAAUCAGCUGAGGCCGGAAGAUAUAUUUGUUAAUGGGAAGAAGCUCACUCCGGAGGAGCUCGUCUUGUUGCAGAACUGUUCGUGCCCGCCCCCGAAGCUUAAGCCCGGUUACUAUUGGUACGAUAAGGUCUCAGGUUUCUGGGGAAAGGAAGGACACAAACCUCACAAAAUCAUUACCGCACAUCUUAAUGUUGGCGGCAGCCUCGAUUCUAGAGCAAGCAAUGGGAACACCGGCAUCUUUAUAAAUGGCCGGGAGAUUACUAAAGCUGAGCUGCAGAUGCUUAAGUGGGCAGGAGUCCAGUGUGCUGGGAAUCCUCACUUCUGGCUGAAUGCUGAUGGAACCUAUCAAGAGGAGGGGCAGAAGAAUAUAAAGGGGCAGAUUUGGGGCAAGCCUAUAAUGAAGCUGCUUUGCCCAGUCCUUUCAUUACCCACUCCUACUAAGGCUGCAAAUUCUAAUGGUGAUGAAGUGAUUGAUAUGGUUAGAGCUAUUCCGGACUAUCUUGAGCAAAGGACUGUCCAGAAAAUGUUAUUGGUCGGACUUCAUGGAUCAGGGACAAGUACCAUAAUUAAGCAGGCCAAGUUCUUGUAUAGAGGUGUUCCUUUCUCAAAUGAUGAGCGGCAAGAUAUCAAGGUUAUUAUACAAAGCAACAUAUAUAGCUAUCUUGCUAUAUUGCUUGAAGGGCGUGAAAUGUUUGAAGAAGAGAGUUUGGCUGAGAGAAGGAACAGCUGCCAACAUUGUCCCUCAGGCAAUUAUGAAUCAGACGAUUGCAAUAGAGUGACCGACUAUUCCUUUAGUCCACGGCUGAGAGAACUCUCUGAUUGGCUUCUCAAAGUCAUGGCCUCAGGUAACCUUGAUACUAGUUUUCCAACUUAUGCUUGCGAGUACGCUCCCUUAGUCGAGGAACUGUGGAAUGAUGCUGCUAUUCAAGCUACAUACAGACGCAGAAGCGAACUACUAAUGCUUCCAAUCACAGCCAGUUAUUUUCUAGAACGGGUUGUUGACAUAUCUAGAAUGGAGUAUGAGCCCUCUGAUAAGGAUAUCCUUUAUGCUGAUCGAAUAACUUCAUCCAAUGGAAUAGCGUGCACAGAUUUCUCCUUCGGACCGCUGGCUUGUGAUGGGCAUGCCAUUGAUGGUGAUCAGCAGGAUAUGUUGUUAAGGUACCAGCUAAUCAGGAUACAUACGAAAGGGUUAGGCCAAAACUGCAAGUGGCUGGACAUGUUCGAAGAUAUCAAAAUCGUCUUAUUUUGCAUCGCUUUGAGUGACUACGAUGAAUACUACGAAGAUCCAAAUGGUGUGCUCAUCAACAAAAUGAUCGAAAGCAAAAGGCUUUUCGAGAACUUGGUGACUCAUCCAACAUUCGAAGAGAUGAAUUUCCUGUUAAUACUAAACAAAUUCGAUCUUCUAGAGCAAAAGAUAGACACAUCCCCACUGACCAUCUGCGAGUGGUUCAGUGACUUCAAUCCAGUGGUGAGCCGAAACCAACCCAGUAACACCCGGAACCCUAACAGUGGUGCGACAAUGGCUCAACAGGCCUUUCACCAUAUUGCUGUUAAGUUCAAGAGGCUCUUCUCCUCUAUUACUGGGCGGAGGCUUUACGUGACCUGGACAAAUGGUUUGGCCCAGGAUACUGUUGAUGCGGCACUUCGAUAUGGGAGAGAGAUUUUGAUCUGGGAGGAAGAGAAGCCGAUAUUUGGGUCCAGCGAGUCGAUUUAUAGUACAGAACCAAGCUCCUAUUCUAACUGAUUGUAUGAAGUGGGGAGCAUGGUUUGUAAAUAGAUGUGCAUCUUUCUUCAUUUUUGCUUAUUUGUUGCUUAGAUUUGUCUACAGUGUGUAUACAUUAUUCAAAAUACUGGAAUGAAAGAGGAAAAAAAAGGUAUCCACCAGUGUUUAUAGCCCUGUUUUGAGUGUUAAGAGGCAAUUUAUCAGUUGCUGUAUUGUUUGCAGUUUCGCAAACGGUAACAUUACCCGUUUUAAACAGUUGCUCUUUA